GGCCAAAAAUACCCCCUAGACACUUCGGAGGGUGCUCUGCGGCAGUGUGGCUACAGGUCUCCUGCUGAGAGCUUGCGACACAGCUAACCAUUAAACAGAGCUAAUGGCAAAUUAGCAAGACAAACAUCAAGGAAGAAGACCUAUUGCCACAUUGAAAAGGGGCUGUGGAAGAACAGCAUUCAGAUUAUUGCAGUUUUCCUUUCCCUGAAGCAAGCAUGGCCUCUGGUGCAACGUUACAAGGCCGGGCAUGUUCAACGCUGGGAUCUGAUGACUACAGUCUUUACAGUGGCCUCUCGGACGAGGAGCUGCUUGAGCUUGCUAUCGAACGCAGUCUGGCUGACAGUAAUGCAGCCAAUGCCCAGGCCACGUCAAGCAGCAAACCUGCAAUGCAAAGGCAGCCAAGCCAAUCCGCCAGGCAGCAUGCUCAAGCUGCUGACCAAGAAGUGAUCCCUCCAACAGCAAACCCACCUGGGCUAGUAGGAGCAACUAGAAGCAGUUACGUCACCCGAGAUGGCCAGCGGAUGGUGGCCUGGCGGCGAUAUGAUGGCACCCUCAUCAUGCCAGAACCCGAAGAGGAGGAGAACCCAGUGGUCAGAGCGAUCUCAGCUGAUGAUGUGAAGACUGUGAAGGAAAUGGCAAAGUCUGAUCCGGAGAGUCUGACCCAACCCAACAAGGACGGCUGGCUGGCACUACAUGAGGCUGCUUACUAUGGAUCACUGGACUGCUUGGCUGUCCUGCUCAGAGUUCAUCCCGGUAUGAUCAACAAACGCACCCCAAGCGAGCAAACCCCGCUGUUCCUGGCAGUCUCCAGGGACAAGCUGUCCUGUGCACGUUACUUGCUGGAAAACGGAGCUGACCCUGACCUUGUUAAUAAAGACCAGGAGACGCCCCUGUUCAAAGCAUGUGAGCGGGACAACGUGAAAAUGGUGGAGCUGAUUUUGCAGUUCGGUGGCGGGGUGAACAAAACCUGCAUCCAGGGCUGGACGGCGCUUCAUGAAGCAGUCUGCCGCAACAACCUGCUAAUCUGUGAGAUGCUGGUGGAGGCUGGGGCCAAGGUCGGCAUCCCCAACAUGUAUGGCCUCACUCCCCUCUUUGUGGCAGCCCAAGGUGGCCAUGUGGAGGCCCUGCGCUUUCUCAUCAAAAGUGGUGCAGAUGUGAACAGUCAGGCGGCUGAUGGAGCCACAGCCCUUUAUGAGGCUAGUAAGAAUGGCCAUGAUGAGACCGUGAAGAUCCUGCUGUCUCAAAAUGCUGAUGCCAAUAUAGCAGCCAGGGGGGGGCUACUUCCCCUGCAUAUAGCGGCUCAGCGUGGGAAUGAUAGAGAAAAGUUGCUGAACUAUGCAUCAUAUUCCUACUGUAGUGAACUGUCAGUUAAAAUUGUGUCCAUGUUGAUCCCGGCCACUAGCAAGGCCCGGGUGCGGCGUAGUGGGAUCAGUCCCCUUCACCUGGCUGCAGAACGCAACAAGAAUGAAGUCCUGGAGACUCUCAUAGAGGCAGGCUUUGAUGUUAACGCCAUGUUGUCCCACGACCGCUCCAAGAUGUACGAGGACCGCCGCAGCACUGCACUCUACUUUGCCAUCUGCAACAACAACAUUGAAGCUGCCACUAUGCUCCUAGAAGCUGGUGCCAACCCCAACCUGGACACCUUUAACCCCUUUCUGAUCGCUGUGCGUCAGGGCUGCAUACGGACAGUCACCUUGCUGAUAGAGCAUGGGGCCAAUGUCAAUGCCUACAUCCCCACCCACCCCACCUCCUUUCCCGCUGCUAUUAUGUUCUGCAUGAAGUACUUGACCCUGCUCAAGUACCUGCUGGAUAAUGGAUGUGAUGCCCAGUCCUGCUUCCAUUGUGAGUAUGGCAGUGGCCCACAUCCUCCAAUCAAGACCUACCACAGACCCAGGGAUGACAUACGCUACAAUGUUGAUGUGCAGGACUACAUUCCAGUGCAGUUCUGUGAGAUGAUUUCCACGCCUUCAGUGAGUCGCUGUGCAGGACCCAUCAUUGAUGUCCUCCUGGAUUAUGUUGGCAAUGUGCAGCUGUGUGCCAGGCUGUUAGAACAUCUGGAUAGCUAUGAGGGUUGGGCCUCUAUCAAGGAGAAAUCAGUUCUUCCACGACCCCUAAUGCAAUUAUGCAGAUUCAGGAUUCUCAGUUUAUUAGGGAGGGAAAGGAUGAAGUUUGUGGAUUUCUUGCCAAUCCCUGGAAGACUAAUAAAGUUCCUGAGACAUGAGGAGCGCUCAGCACUGUUAUGAAGUGAAUAAUCUGCCAUUAUCCCCCAACAUUAAAGAUAUAAAAUGACUGCUUGUACUAGCAUAUGGGUGCUCUGUUUGCUAUCUGUUAUUGAACUUAUUUACUUAUAAUGCGUAUACUUGUACUGUUGCAAUGAAAAUGUCACAUUAGUCUAUACAGAUACAUGCCUUUGAGAACAAACAAAAACAUUAACUAUUUAAAGUGUUUAAUUUUUCUUUAAGUAAAAGUACAGUUAUGCAAUGUUUUUAAUGACACUUUGGAAGUAAGGCAUACCAUGUAAUAUAUGACUAGAUCUGACUAAAUGAAAUAGCUAACUAUUAAAUUUAAUUAAAUGAGAAUAGAUUACAAAUGUACAGAAUAAUGACUAAUUAUGGGAUUUUAAAAAUAAAAACUUAACAUGUUUUUAUGGUCUUUCUACUGGUAAUCAUGGCAAUAUUGGUUCAUAUGAGAAUAAGUGUGUAUGUCAAAACCUGUAUCACUUUGUUGAUGUUUGAACAAAAUUCACAGUAAUCAAAUAAAUAUCAAAUAUGGUAAAUAAUAAUUAGUGUGAGCAGGUGUGUAUGUAUUAUGAUUGAAGACAUAUUUGAAGUGAUUAAUCUUUGCAUUUUUAGAAACAAUAUCUUUUUAUUUUAACAUGUAUACAGUGUGUAGAGUGUGAAAUUGCACAUAUUGGAGAACAAUAAUAUUUUAUGAGACCAAACUGAAACACUUGCAAAAUGUUUCUAUGAACUGCCCUGUUUCUUGUCAUAAUUGUAUAUAAUACAAAUAUUUGAAGAUGAAAAUAAAGAGCCACAUUCACUCAAGUAAUUUUAUAAGAAUAAUCCAGGGUGGUUAGUUUUCUAUAUCACUCUUAUCUUACUAAAUUACUUGUCAAAUCAUGAAAGCUGGAUCUGAUGUGAUUUAUUAUGUUGUAUAAAUGGUCUGAAUCACAACACCUUUAAAUUAAUGUGUUUCUACGGUUUCAUUUUUUCCUGAAUGAAAAAGUACUUUAAAUAUGAGUAACUAAAUAUGACAUAUAAACAUGAUAUAUCAUAAAAUCAUGACAUGAUAUGAAAUAUGACAUAUGACUACUCACAACGGUAAUUACACCAAUAAAGAGAAUGUGAACCUCUUGCAAUUGUGUGGAUUUCUGCAUGAAUGACUCCUGAAAUGUGAUCUGAUCUUAAGUUAUGUUAUAAUAAUAAAUGAAGAUCGUCUUAUUCAGCAAACAACACAACAUGCAUUGCCAUAUGCUUAUUUGACAAUUUAUUUAAACUAUAGCGAUCACUGAUGUAUGUGAACCUGUAUAAUAAAAAAUUAGUAGAAAGAUUAUGUAUAUUUUAAAGAACCACAUAAUUUCUUAGCCACAGAAAACCAGGCAAUUCCACAAACUUCCAUAUGUAUGUUUUCAUGAUAAAUAACUGUUUUGCAAUCAGAAUGAAAUAUACGGAGACUAUUAUGUUUUGCUGAAAAAUGUGUAAAUGUUGUUUGUUUUAUAUUAAAUUUGUAAAUUUCAAUUGUUCUAGUGGAUCAGAUUGUGCAUGGGCUUGUUUCUCAUCAGUUCUAUAUGAAUAAUUUUUUCUGUUUUAUGCUAAAAAUAAAAAAUAAAUAAACAAUCA